GACCAGAGCAUCAGCGGAGAUAGCAAGGAAUCGUUCGCCUCCUAAGGCUAACUCGCUUUCGGCUUUGGUUCAGAAUGGAAACGUCUACUUUUACGCGGAGCCUGCGAAGCUCCAUUGCGCACAACUUUAGGAGUGGCCUCUCGCUCUGGCUGGUUGUCUGGUUGGUCGUGGUGAAACCCGCCCCUGUGCAGGGAUGUCCCCACCUGUGCGUGUGUUACCCGAACCCCAUGACUGUGAGCUGCCAGGCGCAGAACUUCACUUCCGUGCCCACCGGCGUUCCCUACGACUCGCAGCGCGUCUUUCUGCAGAAUAAUCGCAUCGCUGAACUGAGAGUGGGCUCUUUUGGCUUUGGAACUCAGGUCCUGUGGCUCUUCUCAAACAACAUCACCUGGAUCGAGGCCGGGGCCUUCAGCGAGCUGCGUGAUCUGGAGGAGCUGGACCUGGGUGACAACCCCCACCUACGUCGCCUGGAGGGUGGAGCAUUCCGUGGCCUGGAGAAGCUGCAAAGCCUGCACAUGCACCGCUGCCGCCUGGCCGCCCUGCCCCAUGACAUCUUCCACAAGCUCUACAGCCUGCAGUACCUCUAUCUGCAGGAGAACCAGCUCCACUUCCUCCAGGACGACCUGUUCGCUGACCUCAUCAACCUCAGCCAGCUCUUCCUGCAUGGCAAUCGCAUCCGCACGCUGUCCGAGAAUGUGUUCCGUGGCCUGGUCAACCUGGACCGCCUGUUGUUGCACGACAACCGUAUCCGGCAGGUCAACCGUCGCGCCUUCCGCGACCUGGGCCGCCUCACCAUGCUCUUCCUGUUCAACAACUCGCUGGCUGAGCUACCUGGCCAAGCCAUGCGCGAUGUGGAAUCCAUCCAGUUCCUGAGGCUCAACAACAACCCCUGGGCAUGUGGCUGUGAGGCACGGCCUCUCUGGGAGUUUUUCAGGUCCAACCGGGUGUCCAGCUCAGAGCUUCUUUGUGCCUCCCCUGCCGCCCGCCGCGGCCUUGACCUGCGCUUCCUGCGUGAGAUGGACUUCGCCUUGUGCCCGCUGCCCGAUCCCGGCUCCCUGGCUGGAACCACCACCACCACCUUCAGCACCAAGACCCGCUGGUGGUUCUCCAAGCACAAGCCUGUCAGCUCCACCAAGGGCGUCUUUGAGAAGAGCUCCGAGACUGUGAAGGCUCACCCAUUCUCUGGCAAACCCUCUGUUACAUCUACAUCCAUGAAGUAUGAGCUGGGUGAGGAAGAGGCAUUGCUCCCCAAGCUGGACCCAGAAGAGUACUGGGCCAACUAUGGCAACGAGGAUGCCGGCAUCACCUCACUCCGCUGUUUUGAGCUGGAGUGCCCGCCUGACUUCGAAGGCCUGCCACCCUUCUCCUCUUCCGCUUCCUCUUCUCCCUCCACUCUCUUACUGCUUGCCAUGACCGUCUUGACUGUUUGUGUUCAUCUCCUGUUUGGCUGAAUUUUUGUGUUUUGCAAGGGAUCUCCAUCCCCCUUUUCUUCUUCCACUCUCUGGAGAAGAGAAAACCCAGCUUACUCAACCUAACUCUCCCAUACCUGAUUCCUGUUUAACUUCCAGCUUACCUGUAUCUCUGUUCUGUCCAGUUUGAGCCUCUAGUACCUGAAGGCACCUAGAGGGCACUACACUGAUUUAGGAUACAGUAGGGGAAGCAGGGAAUACAGGGCAGGUACUGCAGUGCAGGCCAUUAUUCACAAUGGAAGGGAAUGAUAGCAAGUACCAGAGGGCUUGUUUAGUCAACAGGUACACUGUCCUCCUUCCUUGUGGACAUGUUUACUAAGUAAUAUAUAUAAAUAUAUAUAUAAAUAUAUAUAUAUAUAUACACAUAUAUCACAGUCCAUAUGGACUGAGGAUAUAUGGUUCCUUCCUAGAUAUUUGUACAACAUUUGUAUACUUCUGCCUUUUUUGGCUGGUAUUAGUGCUACUUUAGCUAUUGUAACUUCCGCUUGUGAUAGUCCCAUGACUAGAACUGUCUUUAUUAUUGCAGCUAGUACUGUUAUUCAAAUUGUUCCAGUUUCAGUACUGCUACUUGCACUGGUCAUAGUAAUUUUGUUAAAUAGACAUGACUCCUAACACUAAUCUCACUGGUAUUAGCAGUUCUUCAGAUUAUUAUCUGGAUCAAUGGCUGUCCAACCUCAUCCUUUAUAUAAUGGAUAUCCAAUGAUAUCAUGAUUCAGGGCAAGUGAAGCAGAGAGAGGGAAUGUGAAAGCAAGGAGAGAAGCUGUGGCAUAUGACAAGGUAACACUGAAGGUCCACAGAAGCAUGAAUAGACAGUGGACAAAGAAGCAGGCGUCUGAAAUAGAGUGGGAAAGAAAAAACCAGAUCGAGACAGCACGCCCGGGUCAGAGAAAAUAAGGAAAGUAUAUUUAGCUUUCUCAUUUUUUCAUCUUCCAGCAAUGACAUCAACAGUCCCUCUUGUAUAUAUACCAUGAUGUUGUCAAAAGGAGAGCUGUAGAAAAGUCUUUGUGUUUAAUCACCUGUGUGCUGAUUGGCUCAGAAUGUUCCUGUAAAUUAUGUCAUCUGUGUUGUCCACGAAUGGCAAGAUCAGUCUACCAGCAAGAGAGAGCAAGUGAAUGAAUUUGCUUUUUGUCUUUUAUGGUAACUUUGUCAUGGAUAUGUUUCACUCCUAUCACCAUUUUGUAACAGAAUUACAUAAUAUGCUUUUCUUUCUUUUUCAAAUAUAAACACAUGUAUGUAUCAAUUUGCUCACUGUGAGACUCUCCUUUCAAGCACUCUCAACUCUUAAAGCUUCAAAACUCAACUCACUUCAAACCAGAAACAUAUAUUAACAUUACCUAGGAGCCUGAUAUCAACACGUCUGCCCUCCCAAAAUCGGAUGGAUGAUGAGCGAAAAUGAGCGAAAGUGAAUGAGAAUACUUUGCCUAACUUAGACUGACUAUAUGAUAAACCACCUGUGCAUUGUUUAGUACUGCCGGAUUUGUUGAAAAUGGACCACAAUACCCAUGGACUGACUGGGUGACUGAGUAAUUGGACUGAUGUUAGUAGUAUGACAGCUGACUAAUGAAUUAUAAAUCGGAAACACGACAUUAUGACACAUGGUCUGAUAAAUGGGCAUUGUUUUGACUAAUACUCAUGUAUUAAUACAGACUGAUAAGUGCUAAAGAGACAAUGUAGACUUUUUUUUUUGCUCUCUAUAAUACAUCCAUCCAUCCAUCCAUCCAUCCAGCCAUCCAGCCACCCAUCUUCGUAAGCUCUCAUAGGAGUAGGGGUGGACAUGGUGAUGCAGUGAUUCUGCACUUCCCUUAACUUCUGUCCCAUUUUAUUUUCCUUUACAGCCAUGUUCUCUGCUACAGAUUUGCACCUGAUCCUUCUUCUCUCUUUGUCCAGCUGUCCACUCUUUUGGUUUCUGCAUGAAGAAUCAGAAGCAACUACACAAGUGCAGUAGUGUGAGAAAGAGAGGAAGCAGCAGUAAUGGAGGAGCUUGCUAUUCCCUUUGGUAAAAUUUAACAGUGAAAGUGGAGAGGGCAAGGACAGAGUGAGACAGAGAAGAAGGCUUGUGCGGACGGGUGGGUGUGGGUGGCGGAAAGAGAAA